AUGCAAUUUAAGUGGAUAGGAUGGAUGAUUCUUCUGCUAUUGUUCAUGCAGGCAGUCUCGGGACAAGUCUCCUCUAACAACGAGACAGAGCUGAUAUGUCGGCCAUUCGGGACAUGCGAGCCAUGUCCAGAGGAUGCUCUCAACGAGCCCUUCUGCCAACCGUUCGGCAACCGACGCCUGAUGCACUGUGUCCCCGCAUACCCUUCUAACUCCACCUCUCGACCAGACCCAGCCUCUCCUUUUCCUCCUCACCACGGUCCUCCAGGUGAACCCCGACCCCCUCCGCACCCAAAUGCCGAAACCCACCCGCUCCAAGGAGAAAUUCCCGCAUGGGAGUCGUGCGGGCGCAUCGUUGAGAAGGAGCGCGCGGACUUCUACGAGUUCCUCGCAUGCAACUUCGUCAUCGCCGUCCUCGCUCUAGUCGUGCUCUUCGCGCGCUCGAAGCGGCUGCAGGCGAUGCACGCUCGACAGCUUGCAGCGCGGAUCGGGCUGGUCAGAGACAUACCGGCAGGGUGGGUGAACGGGUGA